AUGUGCAUCAGCGUGGAUUCGCGUGCGGUGCGGUCGGGCGUCAUCACUUGUACCCCUAAGAACCAACGCACACAGACAGAAAAGCGACUCGGUUUUCGGCCGUGUGCGCCCACACGACGAGGCGGGCACGCGAUCCCCGAACGGAUGCAGCGCGGUGAUGAAACCGACACAGAUUCUAACGCGCAUUUGGUAAUCGAAGCUCGUGAAAGUCUGCCGGGGAGGUAUCUCGCGGUAUUGUGCUCGUCCCACUUGUGCGCCUCACUGUACGCCGUCGACACCGAAACGCCGAGAGUGACGUUUCCGAAUAACGCCGCGCGCCGCCGAAAACCGCUUGCCCCGCGAACUGGAACGAGAACUGUGCUCUCGUCCCAGUUUUGGGACGCGAAACUGCGUGCGCUCGUCGAUUGGCGUAUUGCGAUCCCCGUAUGCGUUCAGUUACAAGCGAAUCUGCGAGGUGCACCGUCUCGAGUGGGUCGCUCCACUGGGUCAAGCGACUCGAUGGGGCUCGGUUCGGGCAGCGAGUGCGGCGGCGGCGGGUCGGGCGGCGGCGCGGCCGCUCCGCAGUCGGCGCGCGUCACGUCGAACGGCGCCGGCGGCAUGGCGGUGAGCCGCGUGCCCAGCCCGUUGCACGACGGGAACACCCCUGUCGCCGAGAACUGGUGCUUCACGCAGGUAAAGGUGGUGAAAUUUAGUUAUAUGUGGACAAUAAACAAUUUUAGUUUCUGUAGAGAAGAGAUGGGUGAAGUGUUAAAAUCAUCGACUUUCUCGGCGGGUGCUAGUGACAAGUUAAAAUGGUGUCUCCGCGUCAACCCGAAGGGUCUCGACGAGGAGAGCAAAGACUAUCUAUCGUUAUAUUUAUUAUUAGUGUCGUGUAACAAAUCAGAAGUGCGGGCAAAGUUCAAAUUCUCAAUAUUGAACGCGAAGCGGGAGGAGACAAAGGCUAUGGAGUCGCAGCGAGCGUACAGAUUUGUUCAAGGCAAAGACUGGGGCUUCAAAAAGUUCAUUAGAAGAGACUUCCUGCUGGACGAGGCGAACGGCCUGCUGCCCGAGGACAAGCUGACGAUAUUCUGCGAGGUGUCCGUUGUGGCGGACAGCAUCAACAUCAGCGGGCAGAGCAACGUGGUGCAGUUCAAGGUGCCCGAGUGCCGGCUCUCCGACGACCUGGGCGCGCUGUUUGACAACGAGCGCUUCUCGGACGUGACCCUGGCCGUAGGCGGCAGGGAGUUCCAGGCGCACAAGGCCAUCCUGGCGGCGCGAAGUCCUGUGUUUGCGGCCAUGUUUGAACACGAAAUGGAGGAAAGGAAAAGAAAUAGAGUGGAUAUCACCGACGUGGACCAUGAAGUGCUGAGGGAGAUGUUGCGUUUCAUUUACACAGACCGCGCGCCAAAUCUGGACAAAAUGGCCGACGAUUUACUAGCAGCGGCCGAUAAGUACGCGCUGGAUAGAUUAAAAGUGAUGUGCGAAGAAGCUCUAUGCUUGAGCCUUUCGGUGGAGACUGCAGCUGACACGUUAAUAUUGGCCGAUUUACAUUCGGCCGAUCAACUCAAGGCGCAAACCAUCGACUUCAUUAACACGAGUCACGCGACGGACGUCAUGGACACGGCCGGCUGGAAGAACAUGAUCUCGUCGCACCCGCACCUGAUAGCGGAGGCGUUCCGCGCGCUCGCCACCCAGCAGCAGCAGAUCCCGCCCAUCGGGCCGCCCCGCAAACGGGUGAAGCAGGCC